AUGGAGUCCUCGAGGGGGCCCCCGAGGGUCAAGAACAAGGCCGCCGCGCCGGUCCAGAUCAGCGCAGAACAGCUCCUCCGCGAGGCCGUCGACCGCCAGGAGGUCGGCGUCCAGGCCCCGACCCAAAAGUUCUCCGACCUCGAGGAGCUGCACGAGUAUCAGGGGAGAAAACGCAAGGACUUUGAGGACUACGUGCGCCGCAAUCGCAUCAACCUGAAGAACUGGACGCAAUACGCGCAAUGGGAGCUCGAGCAAAAGGAGUUUGCCCGCGCGAGGUCCGUCUUCGAACGGGCCCUCGACGUGCUCCCUCACAACGUCGUGCUGUGGAUCCGGUACAUCGAGGCGGAGAUGAAGUCGCGAAACAUCAACCACGCGCGGAACCUGCUGGACCGCGCCGUCACGAUCCUGCCCCGCGUCGACAAGCUGUGGUACAAGUACGUGUACAUGGAGGAGAUGCUGGGCAACAUCCCCGGCACCAGACAGGUCUUCGACCGGUGGAUGCAGUGGCAGCCCGACGAGGCGGCCUGGAGCGCGUACAUCAAGCUGGAGAAGCGGUACGGCGAGUUUGAGCGGGCGCGCGCCAUCUUUGAGAACUUCACCGUGGUGCACCCCGAGCCGCGCAACUGGAUCAAGUGGGCCAAGUUUGAGGAGGAGUACGGGACGAGCGAACUGGUCCGAGAGGUUUUCGGGAACGCCGUCGAGGCGCUGGGCGACGACUUUGUAGACGUGAGACUGUUCAUCGCGUACGCGCGGUUCGAGUCGAAGCUCGGGGAGCACGAGCGCGCGCGCGCCAUCUACAAGUACGCCCUGGACAGGCUGCCGCGGUCGAGGUCGAGGCUGCUACACAAGGCCUACACCACGUUUGAGAAGCAGUUCGGCGACAGGGACGGCGUCGAGGACGUGGUGCUCUCGAAGCGGAGGGUCUACUACGAGGAGCAGGUCAAGGAGAACCCCAAGAACUACGACGCGUGGUUCGACUACGCCGGGCUGGAAGAGUCGUCCCGAGACGCGGACCGGAUCCGCGACGUCUACGAGAGGGCGGUGGCCCAGGUGCCCCCUUCGCACGAGAAGCGGCACUGGCGGCGGUACAUCUACCUCUGGAUACUCUACGCCGUGUGGGAGGAGCUCGAGGGCCAGGACGCGGAGCGGGCGCGGCAGAUAUACCGCACGUGCCUGGACCUGAUACCCCACAAGAAGUUCACCUUCGCCAAGGUGUGGCUCCUGGCCGCGCAGUUGGAAGUGCGCCAGGGCCAGCUCACGGCGGCGCGGAAGCUGCUCGGCCGCGCCGUGGGCAUGUGCCCCAAGGACAAGAUAUUCAAGGGCUACAUCGACCUGGAGCGGCGGCUGUUCGAGUUUGUGCGCUGCCGCACGCUGUACGAGAAGCACAUCGAGUACAACCCGGCCAACUGCCAGACGUGGAUCAAGUUCGCCGAGCUCGAGCGCGGCCUGGACGACCUGGACCGCGCCAGGGCCAUCUUCGAGCUCGCCGUCAACCAGCAGCAGCUCGACAUGCCGGAGCUCCUCUGGAAGGCGUACAUUGACUUUGAGGAGGAGGAGGGCGAGUACGAGCGGACGCGCGAGCUCUACGAGCGGCUGCUGGAGAAGACGGACCACGUCAAGGUCUGGAUCAGCUACGCCCACUUCGAGGUCAACAUGCCCGAGGACGACGACGAGGGGGCCGAGGAGCAGCCGCUCAGCGAGGAGGCCAAGGCGCGCGCGCGCAGCGUCUUUGAGCGCGCGCACAGGAGCAUGCGCGACAAGGACCUCAAGGAGGACCGCGUGGCGCUGCUCAACGCGUGGCUGUCGUUUGAGCGGGAGCACGGGGCCGGCGACGACGUGGACAGGGUCCAGAGCCAGAUGCCGCGGAGGGCCAAGAAGAGGAGGCUGCUGGACGACGACACCUACGAGGAGUACUUUGACUACGUGUUCCCCGCGGACGACCAGCAGGCCAAGAACCUGUCCAACAUCAUGGCCAUGGCGCAGAAGUGGAAGCAGACGGGGGGGGAAUUGUCGGGCGCGGGAGGCGCGUGA